AUGCGUCUACUAGAGCCGCUUAAAAAACAACUUUUUGGGGAGGAAGAGGAGGAUUUUACUCCUCAAGAGGAGGAGGUGAUAGAGGCAGAGGUGGAGGUGGAGAACGAGGAGGAAGAGGAGGAUAACGACACCAACGACGGGGAGGAGAACGUCGACGAGAACAUCGAAGGGGAGAAUAACGAGGAGGAAGAUCCUCCCCCCAUCCCGAUUGACCUAGAUCAGGUCGACCCCGACGACCUCAUCCGCUUUGGCCUGCAUCUCAUGCAGGUGGACGACGAGGCGGAGCUAUUCUACCUCCUCGUCAACCUGUAUGAGGAGGAGGAGGCGGCUGAAUUGGAGGAGCUCGCAAAGCCGAUUGAAUAUAAUCAAUUCCAAAAACCGAUUCCCCUGACCAAGUUUAAACCUCUUCCCGGACAGAUAUGUACUUUAUCAGGAUGGGGUACGAUACGCGACAACGGACCGCUCCCGAGCAUACUUCAAAAGAUGAAUCAGGUUGUAGUUUCAUCGUACCAAUGUCAGGAUAGGCACUUUGAUGUGCCCAUAUCCACCACUCACUUAUGCACACUCAAUCGUUCGGGAAUUGGCGCUUGCGGGGGUGACAGCGGUGGCCCACUCAUUAGUGAUGGCGUACAAAUUGGUGUUACCUCCUUUGGUAUGUCACCUUGCGCUCAUGGUUAUCCUGACGUUUUCACCGAUGUCUACUCCCAUCGCAACUUUAUUGAUAACGCUUAAGAAAAUGCAUGAAAGCAAUUUAUGAGACAUAAACUAAAUAAAUCUAUCCAAUUUAUAGUUUAUGUUAACUAUAUAUCAACGUGCCGAAAGAAUUCGUUACUGCAACGUUGAAAUUACAUGCAAU